AUGUGGUUUCUUCUUAUAUUCAGUAUUACUUUCACAAAUCUAAUUCCUCAAUCGUCAGCCAAUGACAGUUUUUGCCCAUCUGGCUGGAGUUUUUCAUUAAAUACAUCAUAUUGCUACACAGUUUCAAGUGAUUCAUAUACUUGGAGUGAAGCUGUUAAUUAUUGCCAAAGUAUUGGUGGACAAUUAGUAAAUGUUCGAUCUGGUCGAGAAUAUGUUUUUCUAACACAAUUGACAUCUCAAAACUUACUUCAACCAUGGCUUGGUUAUUCGAGAAAAUCUGAUGGAAACUUUUACGAUUUAACUGGAUAUUCUGCAUAUUAUGCAUACUGGGCUCAAGGUUUUCCAUUUUUCUUGAUCAAUUUGUAGCCACAAAUUAUUUCAAUUUUAGGCGAACCAAGUGGAAAUGGUGAUUGUGUCACAUUCCAAGGUCAAAAUAACACCGGACUUCGUGUAACUCCUUGUUAUAAUAUUCAACCAGCUCUUUGCAAACAAAUGCCUGCUCUUUGCCCAAAUACAACCCAAUAUGGAGGAACUUAUACGAGAUCUGGAGUUAUCACAUCUCCCGGCUAUCCUGAUCAAUAUUAUAAUAAUUUAGAUUGUCUAUAUUAUAUUACAUGUAAGUUUCUAAAACAACUUCAAAAAAAAUAAAAAAUAGUUUUUAGCUCCUCCUGGAACUUAUAUCACAAUUGAAUUCAGUCCAUGGGUUGUCGAAUAUUGGUAUGAUUAUGUUUUUUUGUUUGAUGGUCCAGACUUCACGUAUCCAUAUAUUGGAGAGCCACUCGGAUUGUAUGGCAAAAAUUCAUUUGAAAGUUCUAACAAUUCAUUGACCUUCUUUUUCUACACUGAUUCAAUUAUCACAGACAAAGGAUGGCAAGCAACUUGGACAGCAAAGUUUGUGAUUUUGAAAAAGUUAUUUGAAAAAACGAGGUUACUUUUUCAGAGCCAACACUCCUCCAAUUUCCCAAUCAGGUCUUAAUGGCUCUUUGACAUCUGAUAAUUAUCCAAAUGAUUAUGAUUCUUACACCGAAAGAAUUUAUUACAUCUCCACGAGCUUUGGAUUCAAAAUCAAUCUUACUAUUACCGAUUUUAUCACCGAAGCAAAUUAUGAUGUUUUGAGAGUAUAUAACAGUUCUACAGUUAACGAUAAUUAUUUAGUUGCUAAUUUGUCUGGAUCAAGUGUUGCCCCAUGGAACUAUUUAUCACCAUCAAAUUAUUUGACUUUGAAGUUUACUUCAGAUGGAUCUGUUCAGAAACAGGGAUGGUCGUUGUUCUGGUUUAUGCAAUAA